UUCUGGGGGGAAGGUCAUUACGGUCAGCUGAUCAUAUGACAGCGUGAUCAUAUGACAGCGUGCGCAUGACCAGGAAGUAAACAUUGAACAGAGACACGCAAAGAGGGAUUCUUCAAGACCAACUCAAAUGGUGUCCCUGAUCUGCACCCUGCAAGACCAUCGCGACGAUGUCAACUGGUGCGCCUUCUCCCCGACACUGCUGGCCACCUGUUCAGCUGACAAAACCUUACGAAUUUACAACACCCGAGACUUUUCAGAAGUCCCAUACUCCCCGCUCUCUGGCCACGGCUAUGGCGUCCAUUGUUGUUGCUUCAGCGCCUGUGGUCAGUAUUUAGCCUCGUGUUCAACUGAUGGUUCAACAGUUGUGUGGUCAACGGACACGGGUGAGAUAGAGGCAGUGCUGGAGCAUCCGGGUAGGAACCCCGUCAGGGUCUGCGCCUUCUCGCCCAACUCUUCACACCUGGUUUCGGGGGCGUCUGAUGGUACUUUAGGUCUUUGGGAUUUCCAUACAAAAACAUUGCACAGGACGGGGGCAGUGAAUGACACCACUAUGGUGGCCUGCUCCUUCACCCCCUGUGGCCAGAUGUUUGUCACUGGAUCUACGUAUGGGGACCUCAGGCUGUGGGACCUGGACAUGAACCAGCUUCAUGCGGAGAAGAACACUCACGACUUGGGGGUCACCUGCUGCUGCUUUGGCCCCAAUAUCCUCAGUGGUGAUAGCGGUAGGGUACAGUUCCGCCUGGCCUCCUGUGGACAAGACAGCACGCUGAAGAUAUGGACCGUCUCCAGGUCCAACACAGGCAGUUGUAAGAUGCAGCUGCUGCACACCCUGACCGGCCAGUCUGCCCCGGUGCUCUCCUGUGCUUUCUCUGCAGACGGACAGCUGCUUGUGUCUGGCUCAGUGGACAAAACAGUCACAGUGUAUGAUGCUAGCCAGGGGACUUUGCUCUACACAUUGAACCAACAUGAGAGGUACGUGACGGCGUGCGCCUUCUCUCCCAGCACACCUCUGUUCGCCACGGGUUCUAUGGACAAGACUGUCAAUAUAUGGAGAUUAGAGGAUGGACACAGUGGCCAUGAAGGCAAAUCUUUACCUGUUGAAACUGCAACACUCUCAUGCGAAGGCAGAAAGUUGCUGUGUCACKCCAGGCUUCUGGUCAGUGAUUGGUCAGAGGAGGACGUGGGGGCGUGGCUGUGUGAGGAGGGGCUGCAGGCGCUGGUGGAAAACUUCAAGGCAAACAACAUAGAUGGAGCGGAGCUYGUCAGUCUGACCAAGGAGACACUGGCCUCAGAACUCAACAUAGAGUCUGUGGGGUUGCGCAGUAAGGUCCUGAGGAAGGUGGAGGAGCUGAAGGCGGGGUGUGUGUGUACCGGUGUUCCUGAUGAGUACCUCUGUCCAAUCACCAGAGAGUUGAUGAAGGACCCUGUUAUCGCUGCAGAUGGGUACUCCUAUGAGAGGGAAGCGAUUGAGAGCUGGAUCGCAACCAAGAAUCGUUCCAGCCCCAUGACCAACCUGCCCUUACAGACAACACUUCUGACCCCAAACCGAACGCUGAAGAUGGCUAUUGGACGCUGGAGGACCRGCCAGUGAGAAAGAGGGAUGCAGGGGCAUCUUCUACAUCCAUUUCAAUCUGAAGGCGGGUCUAUCCCUCAGUUAACUUCUGACCAAAAGUAGGCUCAUAGUACAUAAAGCUAUAUAUGAUGAUGUUUUCAGGUUGACCAUACUGAGCUUCGAUUCAACCCCUCACUGUGUCUGUUGGGAUGAAACUGCUUUAGAAUGUAAAUAUUUAUAGCUGAUGAGACAUUCUAAUAUAUAUAUUCUCAAACUCAUGCAUGUUGACCAUGUUUAACUCUGCUAUUUACUCUACUCUCUCUCCAAAACCAUUUCAUGGACGAUGAUACAAUGUACAGUGCAUUCRGAAAGAAUUCAGACCCCUUGACUUUUUCCACAUUUUGUUAUGUUACAGCCUUAUUCUAA